AAAAGACUAAUUUUUUAAUGACAGACAGCAAUGAUUGGACAGUGAGUGUUAUUGCUGUCCAAUCAUGGUGCAGGAGGCGGGAUUCUCUCAGCCAAUCCCAACGCAGAAAGCCAUACCCGGUCUCUUAGCAACGGUACGCCUCGAUCAAAGAGUUGUGCAGUGUUAGUGUUUGCCGCGAGCGCGAAUAAACUGAUGUUUUGAAAAAUAUUGAGAAAUAACACACACCUAGCUUUAUGCACCUAUAGGAAAGAUUGAUUAGGAAAUACUUUUCCCGCUGUUCUAAUGUUAUUUAGUUAGUAAUUUAGUAAACUAUUCGGGUCACUAACCAAUUAAACACUCCUUCCUGAGCUGUUUGUUUCCUGUUAGUUAGCUAAGCUAAGCUAGGUUUUCUGUAACUCUAGGAGACAUGGCAGAAGGAGCGGAGACUGAAACCUUCUGUGAUAAAAAUGUCGGAGAGAAGAGCUCUGUGGAUGAGCAGGUGGAGAAGGAGCUGCAGAAAGCCAGUGAGAGGACAGGAGGAGAGGAGGAAGGACCUGGACCUUCCAGCCAAGUGUACACAGCCACCUCACUGUCCCUCAAACCUGACAUGGAGAGCCAUCUAAUAACUCAGCCACUGACUCUGAAUUGGGCCUUCGGGAUCAACGAGUCUCUCCCUGUCUUCAGCCUCUUGGAUGAAGACCGACUUGCCAUCCUGUACGCUUGUUCUCAUGUAGCUGUCAUAUAUGAUCACACGUCUACUUCACAACAUCUGUUACAGGGUCACUGCAACCCCAUUUCCUGCCUGUGUGUCAGCGAGGACAGACGCUGGAUUGUGACCGCUGACAAGGGCCACGAGAGCCUUGUGAUCAUAUGGGACUCAUACACAGGGAUCCCUGUUCGCACCAUGUUUGACUGCCACCCUGAGGGCGGUGUAGCUGCUGUGGCAUUGUCCAUGGAUUCGAAACAUCUGGCGACUGUUGGAGCAGGAACAGUGCAGAGAGUUUGUAUCUGGGAUUGGACUAAUGAGACUGAUGGUCCAGAAUGCCAGGUUGACAUCAGCCCAAAGCUUGGUUGCCAGAAACACAUCUUAUUCAACCCUACUGACAGCUGUCAGCUACUCAGUAACAGUUCAAGUCAUGUCCUCUUUUACUCCUGGGAUAAAGAAACUAUACGAUAUGAAGCCCCUGAAAUCUCCAAGACAUUAAGAACGCCAGUGGGUUGCUUUAGUCACUCUAUCUUCCAUGUUGGAGGAAUGCAGGCUUUCUCGUGUACGCUGGCAGGGAAUAUGGUGGUGUUGGAUGUGCUGAGGUCAGGCACAGGCCAACUGCGUGCCGUGAAACCCACCAAAUUAAUUCCACUGCAGAGGGAUGGGAUUACUGUAAUGACAAUGAGUGACAGCUUUAUUGUGACAGGUGACGUAAAUGGCCACAUCAAAUUCUAUGAUGAAAACUUCAAGAUCAUUAGCUGCUUAGCUGACUUCAAUUUGGACCCCAUCACAUCCAUUUCCACGUCGAAGGAAACUCCUACCUCUAGCGGUGUUGCAGAUGAAGAAGAUUGCAUCGUGAACACUGCACCAUUUGUCAGUAGAAAUCUUGUCUUAUCUACUGUGAGCGCAGCUGUGGUGCAUGUGAAUGCACAAAGCAGAACUGCUCAGACUUUAAUUAAAGAACAUGCUGAGCCACUGAACGCUGUAGCCUGUCACCCUAAACAUCCUGUUGUAGCGAUGGGCAGCCAUAGUGGCAUCCUGAAGGCUUGGGACUAUGAGCGCAAAGUGACGAUCUGCAGCAAAAUAUUCCAUACAGAUAAGCAGAUCCACUGCAUCACCUACGAUCCUCAAGGCUUUUAUCUGGCUGUAGGGUUUGUUAGCGGGGUUGUGAAAGUUCUGGAUCCAUGCACUUUAGAAGAAGAAAGGGAGGGGAGUUUUAAGUACAGCCAUAACUGCAUUACCCAUCUCGCUUUCUCCCACGACUCCUCCUACCUGGCCGCUGCGGACACUGGGAAAGCUGUGAUAGUGUUUCACUUAUGUAAGGAGGGCAAUCAGUAUGUGUGGCAGUACCUCGGGAAGCACUGCUCUCACUACAGGCCCAUUCAGGACCUGCUGUUCGGGGUGUACCUGGACAGUACCAAGCCACGUCUGCUCUCCCUGGGCAUGGAUCGCAGACUAGUUGAGUACGACCUGCAGAACAGCAGAAAGGACGAGUUGUUGAUCCUCAGCUCUGAACGCGUUGAGCAAAGUGCCGUCCCCAUGUGCAUGGCCUGGUAUCCACCUUUAACCACGGAGCACUUCUUACUUAUUGCAUCUGACUUGUACAAACUGAAACUACUCAAUGUCACCACGAGGAUGUGCAGAAAAACAGUCCUUGGGCCCACAUAUGGUUCUCCUGUAAAAAAGAUGCUGAUGCUGCCACCCUCUAAAGAUGGGAAUCCUAAUUCACAUUACAUGGCUUAUAUAACACAAGACAAGGUUGGGGUUCAGAUCCUGCCUCUUGACGGAAACCCACACAAAUCCUCAGCACGGAUAUGCCACUCUUCAGGGGUCUCACAUCUGGCUUGCUCUCAUGACGGCAGAUAUAUUUUCACUGCUGGUGGAGGGGACAGGACUGUCUUCUCAUGGGAGAUCAGCCGUCCUGCAUUAGAGGCAGCCGCUGCUUUGGGAGGAAAAGACCUGAUUCCUUUUUACACUCUUUUAGAAGGAGGGAGAGAUGGAGAGCUUUUUGAGGCCAUAAAGGAUUUAUUUUAUUACUGUCAGUUGCACAGUCAAGGCAUUGACUCGAUGGAAACCAGACAAGUGUCCACUCGUAUCCCUCUUUCUGAAGUUCCCUAUCUCAUUAGAGCGCUUGGCUUCUACCCAACAGAGCAAGAGUUGGAAGACAUGCAGAAUGAGGUCAAAUUCAGUCGUUAUGCAGAGACAGGAAAGUAUGUGUCUGACAUUGACCUGGAGGAAUUUAUUAAGUUGUAUGUUAACCACCGGCCAGCCUUCGGAAUCUCCAAGCAAGAACUCUACAAGGCUUUCCAGGUGCUGGGCGUGCCGGAUGAAGACGGCAAACCGGUUAUCACCCGAGAAGAGCUCCUAGAGUUACUCCAGGCCAGAGGUGAGCACAUGACUGAGGAGGAGCUGGCAGAAUGCUUUGUAACCUUGUUGGGCUUCAGCGUGGAAGAAGGGCAUUUUGAAAUGCAGACAUCUGAGUGUAAAGACUCCGAGCUACUGUUGGAAAGCAAGUUACCCCCAAACAUCACCAUGGACACAUUUGCCACAGACAUCCUGCGAUUUCCCAUGAGUACUCAUGAGCUCCCUGCAGAACAGGAGCCCUUAUCCUCGAGGGCUUCUAAAGUCUCUUUUGAGACAGUGUGAGCGCACUUGUUUCAGGGGUUACUUUAAACUGUAUGGAAUACUGCAGUAGUUAGAGGAUCAAGCCCUCCAAAAUAUAUCAUUUUAUUCAUUUUUUCUCUGAUAUUUGGUUGAUUCUUGGAACUAAUUUAAGAAGGAUAAAUGUUAUAGAAAAUACUGUAUAAAUAAAUUCAGGGAAAUGAGUAAGGAAUAAAACACAACAGGGCAGGAUAUUAUAUUGUUGAUUAUUUUCUUAUUAAUUCCUCUUAUAGGAUUUUAAUCCUAACACAAUUUGCCAAUGUGUUUUUUUUUUUUUUUUUAUUUCAAGACACCAUGUACUUUCUAUCUGUUUAACACUCUUACGGGUUUGUGUGGAAAUGAGGAGGCAGGCUUGGGACAACUCAAAAGGGGGCUCUUUAUUUUUCGUUUUUUUGUUUCCUUCGCUUUUCAGCGAUUUUAUUUUACUAGGCACAUACACACACACACAAACACACACACACAGCCCUGUGCCGCUCAGCUCUCUCUCCCGUGGUGCUUGUCUCUCCCCCUUUUAUCCUUGCUGCCGCUCACUGAAACACAGAACACUCGUUACAAAGUCCCCCACAGGUAUAGGUCCUUAUCACUCACUCUUCCUGGCUUCACCCUCCAUUCACAAACCGGUGCUUCAACCACGUCCCCGCAUCCACAUACCCCCACCGCCCGACUCCAGCCUGCUGCCGACACCCCCCCCAUGCCGAGAGCAGAAAUUCACCACAGCCAUCUGCGCCCCUGGCCUGUGGGCCACCUCUAAUUUAAAUGCCCAAAGUACCAGAUACUAACGAGUGAUCCGCAAGUUGGCAUGUUUCAUGCAGUGGAGCCAUUGGAGCGGGGUGUGGUCUGAACAGAGGGUCAAGGUACAUCCCAACAGAUAGUAUCAGAGGGUGAAGACUGCCCACUUGAUGACAAGACGCUCUUUCUCGAUCGUGCUGUACUUACUCUCUCGCACUGAGAGCUUGCAGCUGAUGUACAGCAUGGGACGAUCCUCCCCCUCCACCAACUGCCCAUUUAGCCCAUUAGCCCAUUUUCUCACAAGAUAUGGGAGUCAAUCUGCCAAUAUCCCUUUGUCAAAUCCGGUGUUGAAUAAAAGUGAGCCACACCUAACUGAUUGAAUAGUUUGUAAAUGCGAGGCAUUGGAUAUGCGUCAAAUGUAGACACUGCGUUGACUUUUCUAAAGUCCACAGAGAACUGGACCAAACUGUCUGCCUUGGGAACCAGGACCACCAGUCUGGACCAGUCACUGUGUUUGGGCAAACGAUAGGGGUGGCUGCGUACCACCCCUGGAGCAUCUCACUGUGGUGUUCUAUGAGAUUAGUGCGACCAGGUAGAAAACACGUCAGAAUAUCCCAUUAUCCCAACUUGGCAACCUCUGUGAUUUGGGAUGGGGAGAGGUGGUCUCCACAGGGGACCGGGGUGGAUUGAGCCACCCAUUUUAGAUUCACCUCCGGUCCUAGCUCCUUGUGGUGGUAUAUCUGCCACGCCCCCACUUCUGUAUGUUGGCUUACCUCAUAGUUGACGUCCUUGAUUUGCUGUGUGACCUGGAAGGGCCCUCGCCACUUUGCAAGUAAUUUGAUGUGGGUAAUAAUACAAACGCAUUAUCUCCCUGUAAAAACUCGCAUAUCCGAGCGCCCCAAUUAUUCAGCUAGGAUUGACGUUCUUGCGCCUGUAGCAAAUUCUCAUGUGUUAACUGCCCCAAUGUGUGGAGUUUUUCUCUCAGAUCAAGAACGUACUGAAUGUCACUCUUGCUCUCCGAAGGUUCCUCCUCCAAGUUUUCUCUGACAAUGUCUAAUACCUCCCAAGGCCUGUGCCCAUAGAGUAAAUCAAACGAUGCAGAACCCCAUGGAGGUAUGCGGGACCUCUCGUACUGCAAAUAAUAAGGGUUCAAGUCACGUAUUCUAUUUCCGAGCAUCCCCGUGCAUGAACUUCCAAAUCAUAUUUUUAAGGAUUUGAUUAAACCGCUCGACCAGGCUAUUUGUCUGAGGAUGGAAAAUGCUGGUACAAAUCGAUUUAAUCCCUAAGAUUUUGUACAGUUCACAAAGGGUGCAUGACAUAAAUGUGGUACGAGGGGGAGGGAAAACCCGGGUUCGAGGAACUGGUUGCAUGGGAAAUGGCCCCUGUUUACGUGGUGCAGGGACGGGGGAGGCCAGGGAGAAAAAGGGGAAGGACGAGAGUGAGAGAGACAGAGAUAUCAUCUGUCCCCAGAUAUGCCACCAAGAGUUCCUCCGCCAGUUGGACCGUCUCUUCUAGUUACGCCAGACGGUGGCACUAAACUCAUUCCGCCAUUCCCUCUGCCAGCCGGGUGACAAACUGCUCCAGCACCACUAGGUUGACUCCUCUGCCAGCAGCCACUUUCAACAGGUGUCUCAGAGCUGUUGGGCAAAUGCGAAUGGUUGCUAAGCAUCAGCGAGUGGAAGGGGGUGCAGCCAACCCGUUGCAAAAUAGCCCGCUUCAGGUCUGGGUAGUCCAGCAGGUUCCCGAGUGGAAGCUGUUGGGCCGCAAGCUGGGCUUCCCCCGAUGGUAGCAGCAGCAGGCAAACCACCCACUGUGAGUCUGACCAGCCCCAUGCUUCCACAGCAUAUUCGAAGAGCUCAAUAAACACUUCCAGGUCAUCCUGCGGUCCCAACUUGGAGAGCGUGAUGUGGGGCAUGGCCUCGACGGCCGCCAGGGCUACUGCUCGAGUACCUGCCGGCUGGACCAGGUACCACAGCACCUGCCGAUCCUUUGUUUGGCCUUGGGGAAGGGCCUGGAAGCGCUGCUCCUGCUCUGUGUGCAGCUUGAGGAGGGCCUGAUGUUGCAUGUGGUGGAUGCGGGCAAGGGACUUGACGAACUCGGCGAGUGGCAAAGACUCCAUGAGAGCGGACCUGCCUCAGUUUCCCGGGUUUUGGCACCAGUGUGAGACUCUUACAGGUUUGCGUGGAAAUGAGGAGGGGGAGGCAGGCGUUGGACAACUCAAAUGGGGGGCUCUUUAUUUUUUGGUUUUUGUUUUCUUCACUUUUCAGCGAUUUUAUUUUACUAGGCACAUAUAUACACACACACAUGGCUCUGUGCUGCUCAGCUCUCUCUUCCAUUGCUCUUAUCUCUCCCCCUUUUAUCCUUGCCGCUGCUCACUGAAACACAGAACGCUCGUUAGCAAAAUCCCCCACAGGUGUAGGUCCUUACAACUCACUCUUCCCGGCUUCACCCUCCAUUCACAAACUGGCACUUGACCAUGCCCCCGCUUCCACAAUCUGUUUAUAGUUACAUUUAAUGUGUGGAAAAUAAGUCAUUUCUUCAGAGCUGUGGUGCAACACAUAACAACAGACCAGCACUGUACACAGAUCUACAUAAACUGCAAAUACUCACCAGUGUGAGAUGAGUGCAAAAUAUACAAUAAAUACUCAGGACAGAGUAUGCUAACUAGUCCGGUCAACAGAACAGUAUUGUAUGGAAAAAAGCAGUGCGAACAAUUGUCAACAAAUAUAUUAAAAAUUAAAUAUUAUUAAAUAUAUUAAAAAUAAAAAGUGUCUUAUAUCAGCAUUAAGCAUCAUCUGUGAAAUGAUGCCAUGAACACUGUGGAAUCUGUGCUCAUUCAGUCCCAAGAGCAUUAGUGAGGGGACUGUUUUUGGGCGAGGAGGCCUGGGGUACAGUCGGUGUUCCAGAGGUAUUCAGUGGGUUGAGGUCAGGGCUCUGUGCAGGCCACUCAAGCUCUUCCAAACCAACUUUGGCACGCCAUGUCUUUAUAAAUCUUGCUUUGUGCACAGGGGCAUUGUCAUGCUGGAUCAUGUUUGGAUCCCUUAGUUCCAGUGAAGGGAAACUGUAAUGCCACAUCAUGUAAAGACAUCUACACAGUUGUGCACUUUGGGGAAGAACCACAUAUGGGUGUGAUGAUUAAGUAUCUACAUACUUUUGGUCUUAUAUUGUAUAUAGUUACAGUUUUACCUCUGACUGUUACAAAGCACUGACACUGGAGACUCCUUCCAUUAAUGUUAAAUAAUUGUCUCCUCACGCAAAAAAAAACAACCAAAACCUUAAACAUAACAAUUACACAUGGCCUUUAAAUCUGUUGAUGUCGUUUGUCUGCUGUGCAAGUGCUGUGUAAGUUGUUGGAGUGUCUGAAAAGUCAGGAACCAAUGGGAAUAUGUUGAGCAAAAUCCACAAGAACAUGAUACAGAGGCUGAAAAAAUGCAUAGAGCAUAAAGGUGAACAUGUAGAGCACAUGCUGUAAAUAAUAAAUACAAAAUUAAGUAUAUAUAUUAAGUAGUUAUAGUCUCUUUGGUUCCUGACUUUUCGGACACCUGUAGAAACAAAAACUAUUAAACAAGCACUAUAAUACAAACCUGUGAUUUGUCUUGCAGCCAGAAGUAUUGUAAGAGCUGCUGUUAUAGAAAAUUAAUCAACACCUUCUGACCAAUCAGAAAUGAGAAUUCAACAGUGCAGCAGUGUAAACAUGGUUUAUGAGAUAUGUUAUCAAUAUUAUCCUUCUCUUUGAGCAUUGACAAUUAUUUGAUCUUUUCAGUUGUUCAAUAUGUUUUGGAUUUGAAGAGCAAAGCCUUAUAGUUUUUAAUUAAAUCUGUUCUUUCUAAAUGUCUGAUUUCUUGUUGAUUCUAGUAGAAUGAACUCAUUUAAUCAGGAAAUAGCACAAUAAACAGGCCUAAACAUUCAGUGAAAUAAACAUUUUGUGGGUUUUCUCAUUUAAUUAUUAAUAUGAUAUAGUUUGGU